CACUUUCGUCUAAUCAUGUGACCAGGCAUCUGGCCACGUGGGAAAGCAGAGGGAGGAGAUUUAUUGCAGAGCUCUCUCUGGCUUCCAAGUUCCUGGUGUGUGUGUGUGUAAGCAAAUGUCCUAGGGAGAGAGUGGGCUACUGGUUUUCCAGUUGGCUGAUGAUGACACCCUUAAAUGGCUGGGCCCAUUGCACAUACGCCGCUGAGGGCAUCAGGAAGUGUAGUUUGAAAGGAGAAAUGACUACUCCAUGUGCUCGGCUGCUGGGAUCUAGUGAAGCCAACAAGUACAUUUUGGGGCCUAUGAAGGUUGACUAACAUCCCUUUAAAUACCUGCCCAGAAUUUUGUCUGCUUGUGGAACCUGCAGCAGCAGCUCUGCAAGAUGCUGCCCAGUCCUGGUGUUUAUUAUUUUCCUUGGGAGAUUAACUGUGGAUCAGUCGCAGAUGGGGAGACCCUGCGAACGUUUGGCAGGUUACACUGUUAUGACAUGGUCCAGUCUGAAGCCAUCCUGACAGCCCUGCGCAGUUCAGUCCAGCACCAGGUCUGUGUUUGCACCAAAUUUGUGGAACCGUUCCAAGCCCAGCUUGGAUCCCUAUAUGUGGCUCUGGGAGAGAUUGAGCAGAGGGAUGGUGAGGGGCCUGUGCUGAAGGCUCGGGUGCUGACGUGCGUGGAAGGGACGAAUCUGCCCUUGCUGGAGCAGGCAAUACAGGAGCAGCGGCAAUAUUUCCGAGAGAGACAGGGGCAGGUGGAGAGCAGUGCCUCCUAGCCUUGCUGGAGGAAGGUGUUGUUGGACUGAGUCCAGGUCUCAAAUGCAUCACCUGCCUUCCGUCCUUCUCUGCAUCCCGCUGCUCUUUUGCUGUUUUGGCACCAUGAGCCCCAAUCCGGUUCCGAGGUUGCUGCCCCUUUCCACAGUGUUUCAGGUUUUGGAUGUCCUCCGAACAUGCAUUUGCCUUAGGUGUUUUCAGGGGCUCAUUUUUAUCCCUCUUUUCUGUCCCGUCACAUCAAUGGGAUGAACUGAGUGCCUGUGAAAGUCGGGGAUACCAGGGGUUUAAGCUGGUUCACCCUCACACUUCUGUCAAUAAGCUUCAGACCUAAUCUGAAAUACCCUCCACUAUUCCAGUCAUGGGCCCCAUGCAGCUCUGCCAGUGCACCUCAGUCCUGACCCUUACAAACUCCCACCGUUCCAGUGCUCAAACCUGUCUGGAAAAGAGAUUGGGAAGCAUGCAGAAUUGAAUGGCAACUUCAAGCAAAUCUGCCCAGAGGACAAGACCAAAUCCUCAUCACACAAGAGCUGAGUCAGGAUUUGAACCCAGGUCUCUAGAAACAAGAAAAUAAUGCACCAAUUUAUUAACUAGCUGGUGCAUCUUUGCAGUUAAAGUCAAUAUCUCAGACUGAGACGAGCGUGGACAGUGUCUGUUGGCGUCAGUGGGAGUUGGGUGGGUGCGUGCGUUUGAGGAAGGAAUUUGACCCAAUGAAUUCUGAAAUAUAAAAUUGUGGUGCCCCGCAGACGGAGGUUAGUCAUUUGUUUCCCUCCUUUCCAGGACGAGAGUAGGAGAGAGUCUGAUCCUGGGGGUGCUUUCCUUUAAGAAAACCUAAAUUGUCUCUGUUUUAUUAUUGUACUGAACGUGUUCUUUGACUGAAAUGGUCAUAAAUAAAGGAGAUGAAAAGAG